AUGGAAGGCAGCGACCUACCCCCUGGAAACAUGUUGCAAGGGGUUCCCUAUGAUACUUUAGACUUACGUGGCAGCUCAAUGCAAAAACAUGCUCCAAACUCUGGAAAACAGAUCUUCAGCAGCUCCCAGAUGCCGGGGACUUUCACAAUGUCUAUGACCAGGGCUACAGAGCCUGAUGACUUUCCUGGAUUUCAGUUCAAAGAACAUGGAAAGAGUGAUGACCACCACCACCAACACCAUAGUCAUCACUCAAAGAACUUCAAGAGUGAUGGUGAAGAACAUGAUGUGGCUGAAGAUGCUACUGAUACCCCAAGUGGCAAAGGCAAGAAGGGCUCUGCAUGGCAUCGGAUGAAGUGGACAGAUUCAAUGGUAAAACUUUUGAUUACAGCAGUGUCUUACACUGGAGAUGAUCAUGGUGCCGAUUCCGGUGGUGGCAGGAGGAACUUUACAAUAAUGCAGAAGAAGGGCAAAUGGAAGGCGAUAUCGAAGCAUUCACUACUGCUUGCCCUUAGAUGUAAAGAGGAGCAUGAUCCUCGGAGGGAUCCAAGUGGAGAUGCUGAUGAAGACGAUCAAAGUGCGGAUUCUGAUUAUGAGGAGAAUGACGAAGAGCAACAUCCUGUGCAUACAAACAUGUGGGAGCCCUCAACGCACAAAAGGAAGCGCCACAGUGAUGUGGCUUUGGUCACAUCAAGCUCUCAUGAAGGCAGUGAGAGGUCUGAUCCCCAUGGUGUCACAGUGGACAUCAACAAGGCUUUCACAGAUGCAACCAACAUGGUUUUGUUGCAACAGGACUUGGCUUCACAAGCCAUAGAGAUUCAGAAACGUCGCUUGCAGAUUGAAGCAAAGGAACUGGAACUCACAAAGCAACGUCUCAAGUGGGAGCGGUUCAGGAAGAAGAAGGACAGGGAGAUAGAAAAAAUGGCAUUGGAGAAUGAUCAUAUGAUGAUUGAGAACAAACGCUUGGAACUUGAGCUGAGACAUAAGGAGUUAGAGCUAGAUCUUAAGCUGAAAGGCCAGGGGAACCAUCCGUAA